AUGCGAAGCCUUCCGACCGUUCCCGAUCAUCCGUCGCCAAUGCACCCGUUCGUUGCCCAAUCACGGAUCAAGGCUGUAGAUGAUCGUUCCUGGUCGUCUGAUCCACCCAGAACCGUCUGUGCAUUCUGCCUAGACUCGUCCGUCGGAUCUACCAAAAACCAUCCAUCCGUUCUGUCCAGACUCGUCCGUCUGAUCCGCCUAGAACCAUCUUUCUGUUCUGCCCAUAAUCUCCUUUGGUCAACCGUGAUCCGACUCGGAUCUGCCUGA